AUGGGAUACUCCGUUUUAUUCACUAUUGUGACUAUUUUAUACUUGAUACGAAUAUCAAGUCAGAAUGAAAAUUAUGAAUGUCCGAAGAAAUGUGAUUGCUUAAAAGAAUACAUUGACUGUUCAAAAAAAAAUUUAGCUUCAGUGCCAAGAAUUCCGAAGUGGGUGGAACAAUUAGACCUAAGUUAUAAUAAAUUAACCGAAGAUGUAAUUGAAGGCUUUAAUGACUUACCACUUUUGAAAAUUUUAAAAUUGAAUAAGAACUCCAUAGCUCGUAUUCCUAACUUUUUACACAAAAAUCAGAUCCUUGAAAUUAGUUUGAACAGAAAUAAUAUUGGAGCUAUAGAUGUUGGACAUUUUUCAGUGAAUAGUUCUGUCACAGUUCUAAGUUUAAACAGCAAUCACAUAAGAGUCAUUGAACCAAAAGCUCUUAACAAUCUUACGAAUUUGGUUACUCUAAGACUGAACAAAAAUGAGCUUGUAUCACUACCUAACCAUUUGUUUAUGCAUCAGACUGCAUUGAAGGUAUUGGAAUUGAACCACAACAGAUUACGUGUUAUUGAUGGCCUUUUAUUUCAAGGACUUUCAAGUUUAACAACACUUAAAAUUAAAUAUAACAAUAUAGAAAAUAUUAUGGAUGGUGCCUUUUUUGGGUUUAAAUCUGUCAAUCUGUUGCAACUGGAUCAUAAUAGAAUUAAGAGUAUUUCUAAAGGAUGGAUGUACGGUUUAGAAUCUUUAACAUCACUGUCUUUAUCAAACAACAUAAUAUCUCAAAUCGAUUUUGGCAGUUGGGAACUAUGCACAAACUUGGAAUCAAUAGAUUUAUCACACAAUUAUAUUAUGGAAAUAGAAGGCCGCGCCUUUCAACAUUUGAAUAAUUUGAAUACACUAACUUUAGCCAACAAUAAUAUUUCUGCAAUAUCUCAAGAGGCUUUUAGUCAUAUGGCUCAAUUGAAGAACUUGGAUUUGAAUAACAACAAGAUAUCAUGGACUGUGGAGGAUAUGUCAGGACCUUUUUCAAAACUGCAGAAUUUGAUGGUAUUUAAUCUAUCAACAAAUCAUAUUAAAUCAAUAAGUUCCAGAGCUUUUGAAGGACUAUCAAAUGUAGUUGAAUUGGAUUUGAGGGGUAAUAACAUAACUUCAAUUCAGCAACAUGCUUUUGAUACUAUGGCAAACAUCAGAAAACUAUAUCUAAAUUCUUCAUCAUUACUAUGUGACUGCAACUUGCUUUGGAUGGUUAAAUGGAUAAAAGACAAAGUUGAACAGAAGUAUGUAACAGCUACCUGUGUUUAUCCUGCCGAACUAAGAGGUGUUGUUAUUUCAAAACUAAAAGAAGAUAAUUGUGGUGAUUCACCAAAACCUAAGAUAAUAGAACAUCCCAAAUCCCAUUUAGCUAUUAAAAAUCGUUCGGCUAAUUUAGUAUGCUCUGCAACAUCAAACCCAUUCAGCAACAUUACAUUUCUAUGGAGGAAAAAUAAUGGUAAUGUGAGUAAUCCUAUGGUUUAUCAAAAUGUGACUUUAUCAGAAAGUGGAAAACCACAUGCAACAUCUGUGUUAGUUAUACCCGAUGUGUCUCAUGCUGACUCAGGUAAAUAUCAAUGUGUAGUAAGUAAUAAGUUUGGCAUCACUUACUCAUCACAAGCAAAAGUAAAUAUAGUUACAUUUCCAAGAUUUAUAAAGACACCAACUAAUGUUACUGUAAAAACUGGGGAAACUGUUACAUUGAAAUGUGCCGCGACAGGUGAUCCUUCACCAGAAAUAUCCUGGAAGAAAGACGGUGGGAAUGAUUUUCCUGCUGCAAGAGAAAGAAGAAUGAAUGUGAUGCCAACAGACCAUCUAUUCUUCAUAGUCAAUGCAAAAACCACUGAUAUGGGAAUAUAUAGUUGCGCUGCUAAAAAUCCAGCGGGUACAAUUAUAUCUAAUGCAACUCUAACAGUGCUUCAGGAACCAUCCUUUAUAAGAGUUAUGGAAAAUAAAGAAGUCACAAGUGGUGAAUCAGUUGUUUUACAGUGUAUGAUUACAGGCUCACCUAAACCUGUAUUGAAAUGGUCAAAAGAUGGAACUCCAUUAAUACCUUCAGAACGGCACUACUUCACUGCAGAUGAUCAACUUUUAGUAAUAAUUGGUGCAGAACCCAAUGAUGCUGGACAGUAUGAAUGUGAAAUUAAGAAUGAGCUUGGUUCUAAAAAAGAUAUGAUAGAGCUUAAAGUGUUACCACCUGUGGCUAUAAUGGUAAAAGAAGAAGACAUGACUGGUAUUAUAAUAAUCACCGCUGUGUGUUGUGCAGUAGGGACUUCCAUAAUAUGGGUGGUAAUUAUUUACCACACUCGCCGACGCAUGGCUGGAGCUGUACCCAAUUAUCCUUCUGAAAGUGUGAAAAUGACCACAAAUUGUUCAUAG